AUGGAUUGUGGUCGGAUGUAUACGACAAAGCUGCUCAACGAUGAUUGUUUGUGUUUUAUAUUAAAAAAAUUAGACACCAAAACCGAUCGUGAUAGUUUUGGGUUAACCUGUCACCGUUUUCUAGAUAUUCAAAAUUCAAGUCGCAAACACUUGAAAGUCGUCAUCGAACCUGAUAGUUGUUCAUCGACAUCCACAUCUAUGGUUGAUAAGUUGCUUAACCGUUUUACGCAAUUACAAUCUCUGGACCUCAACCAUUGUUCAGUUGAUUUCACCAAAUUGCGAUAUUCACAUAAUUACGGCUCCCUCUACUUAAACUCUCUCGAUCUUUCUCAUUGCGAUAAUCUUAACGAUUAUGGAUUUCAAAUCUUGACAACUUUGUGUCGUUUCCUCAAACGCGUGGAUAUUAGUUGGUGCGUUAACAUAACAGACCUUGGAAUUUCUCACCUCAACCGUAACUGUCGUCAGCUUACAUCACUCACAAUCACCGGUUGCGAUAGAAUCGUUGGUGUAAGCUUCCAUGAGUUUCCUCCAUCGUUGCGUUGGUUAGAAGCCGCACGUUGUCAUCUUGAUUACACAUGUGUUUAUGGAGUUUUAAGCAGAGGUGCUCUGGAGUGUCUGAAUCUUUCCGAUGCUUCUGUCUUUAACGGAUUUAGCCUCCAGAAGGUUGUUUCCAGGUUUUCUGGAGCAAAUUUUAAAAUCCUCAAUUUCAAGCAUUGUGACCUCGUCACCACCGACGAUGUCAUCAAGAUCGCAAAAGGAUGUCCGCUGUUACAAGAGUGGAACUUAUCAUGGAGUCGUGGGAGUCGUACAAUUUUGCUUCCCGGAUGGAUGUCAAUUGCAUCACAUUGUCAAAAUCUGGAAAAACUUGACAUCAACAAUUGCACCUUCGAUGAUAAAGCUUUGCUCACUUUGGGUAACGGUUGCAGCCGGUUAUCGUGGAUAGACAUCUCAGAUUGCGCUUUUGUUACUAAUCGAGGCCUCCAAACUUUUAAGACACGAAGGCCACAUGUGGAGGUCAAACAACAAGAUACGCCUUUCUUUUGUUUUCGGCGUGAUUCCCACAAACAAGACACAAUCCCUGUAACAUUCCAGACAUGUGUUAAUAUGGAGAUAUAUGGUCUGAUACUUGGCUGGUGUUGCAUUGCGGAUUGUUGCAGCCAGAUGCUUGUAUCCAGGCAUAUCUGGUCUGGUUUAAUCAUUGCUUUAUGGUUGCAAGGACCGGGUUUGGAAUCCUUCACCCCAAUGGUCAAAUCUGCCCCUCAGUUAACUGAGGUUGUCCAUACUUUAAAUUACUUUAACCGUUUUACGCAAUUACAAUCUCUGGACCUGAACCAUUCUUCAACCGAUUUCACCAAAUUGCAACAUUCACAUAAUUAUGGCUCCCUCUUAAACUCUCUCGAUCUUUCUCAUUGCGAUAAUCUUAACGAUACCGGCCUUGCAUCCUUUGCUUCUUGCUGUCCUAGCUUGUCUAUAAUCUGUCUUUGUAAAUCUUCCUCUGUUACCGAUUAUGGAUUUCAAACCUUGACAGCAUUGUGUCGUCUCCUCAAACGCGUGGAUAUUAGUUGGUGCACUAACAUUAUUGACAUUGGGAUUUCUCACCUCAACCGCAACUGUCGCCGGCUUACAUCCCUCACAAUCACUGGAUGCGGUAGAAUCCUUGGUGGAAGCUUUCAUGAGUUUCCUCCAUCGUUGCGUUCUUUAGAAGCCGCAAGGUGUCAGCUUGAUUACAUAUGUGUUUCUGGAGUUUUAAGCAGAGGUGCUCUGGAGUGUCUGAAUCUUUCCGAUUGUCUCGUUGAUGGAUUUAGCCUCCAGAAGGUUGUUUUCGGAAAUUCUGGAGCAAAUUUUAAAAUCCUCAAUUUUAAGCUGUGUGGUGACCUCGUCACCACCGACGAUGUCAUCAAGGUCUCAAAAGGUUGUCCGUUGUUACGAGAGUGGAACUUAUCAUGGAUUCGUGGGAGGUGUGCGAUUUUGCUUCCUGGAUGGGAGUCAAUUGCAUCACAUUGUCAAAAUCUGGAAAAACUUGACAUCUAA